AUGAGCAGUUCCGAGGAAGUGUCAUGGAUCUCCUGGUUCUGUGGACUAAGGGGGAAUGAAUUUUUCUGCGAGGUGGAUGAAGACUAUAUCCAGGACAAGUUCAAUUUGACAGGCCUCAAUGAACAAGUUCCCCACUACCGCCAGGCUCUAGAUAUGAUUCUGGACCUUGAACCAGAUGAAGAGCUGGAGGACAAUCCCAACCAAAGCGACCUGAUUGAGCAGGCGGCCGAGAUGCUGUACGGCCUCAUCCACGCACGCUACAUCCUCACCAACCGAGGCAUCGCUCAGAUGCUGGAGAAGUAUCAGCAGGGAGACUUUGGCUACUGUCCUCGCGUCUAUUGUGAGAAUCAGACUAUGCUUCCCAUAGGCCUGUCAGACAUCCCAGGAGAGGCCAUGGUGAAGCUCUACUGUCCUAAAUGCAUGGACGUCUACACACCCAAGUCCUCCAGGCACCACCACACAGACGGUGCCUACUUUGGCACCGGCUUCCCUCACAUGCUGUUCAUGGUUCACCCUGAAAACCGGCCCAAGAGACCCGCCAAUCAGUUUGUCCCGAGGCUUUACGGGUUCAAGAUCCACCCGAUGGCCUACCAGCUGCAGCUGCAAGCCGCCUCCAGCUUCAAGAGCCCCGUCAAGGCCAUCCGCUAG